CAGCGGAAGCGCAUACUUGGAGACAUUCAGCCCCACUGGCUCCGGCUGUUUAAGGUGAUCCUGAUGUCAUUUCACUUUAAAAGCGGCGGAGGCGGGUGUGCGAUGCCCUGUUCGGUUGCAGAGAGGGGCAGAAGCCGAGAGCCGGGGAUGGGCGUCAGGUGUGCGAAUUGGCUGUGUCUGAUCCUGGGCUGUGCCUUCCUCGCCCGUUCCCUUUGCAGACCCCCUCCCGCCGUGACCAGGGACUCGGGGGCUCCCCUGGAGCUGGGAUGGGGGCACCAGAUCCGACUCAAACACCUGUACACGGAGGGAGACAGCAAACACCUGCAGAUCAACCCCGACGGGAGAGUGAACGGCUCCAACGCGCAAAACGUCUACACUUUGCUGGAGAUAAGAGCGGUGGAACCAGGACAUGUGGUGAUCAAAGGUGUCAGGACGGGAAGGUACCUGUGUAUGAAUGCACAAGGCAACAUUUUCGGAUCUACGACGUAUCGAGAGGACGACUGCAAUUUUAAAGAGGAGUUGUUACAGACCUUUUAUAACGCGUACCACUCUCUGACACACCUGAAGGUGUUGAGCCUCAGUUUGGACAAACGUCCCUUCGUCCCCAACAGGGAAUUGCCACCACUCUCCAUGUUUCUGCCCAGAGAGAACCAUUUGCCCAUCACGUCCUCCUACAUCAGAAGAGCCCCCGACAGAGAAGAUGAUAGCACUGACCCUUUUGGGAUGCGAUCUGUUCAGAGAGAGAGCCCCAAAAUCUCCAGGAGCAGAGGAUAGUGAGAACCCACCUUUUUUUUAAAAAAAAAAGACUUUCUUUCCCCCCUCCCCAC